AUGCAAAUCCACUUGACCAACUUUACUAGUAAAGCGAAGGACCUGAACCUAGAAAUCAAUCCAAACAAAACGAAGAUUAUCCUGUUCCAUGGAGGAACUCAGCCGCUAAACAUAAAAGUCGACAAUACUGUGAUAGAAAAGGUUAACAGUCACAGGUACCUGGGACUGUACAUAGAUAGAUUUUUGGGGUUUGGAGGCCACAUACGGAUUAUGAAGGAGAAAAUACAGGAACGAUUGAAGAUGCUGAAAGUGAUAUCUAGCAUUCGUAGCGGGGGUCACCCACAGACGAUGAUCUUGCUGUACAACGCCCUGGUGAGAAGCUGUGUGGAGUACGGGUCAUCAACAGUCAACAAUACAUCAACGACGAACAGAAAGACAAUACAAACCGCCUUAAAUGCGUGCUUGCGAAAAGUCACUGGAUGCAGUAAAACUACACCACUGAACUCGCUGCUAGCAGUAGCAAGUCAGGAGCCGUGGGACAUACGUAGCGAGUAUAUAGCGUGCAAAGAACUUGCAAAAAACGUUGCAUACAGAAAUCCGAUCUAUGAGCAGUUGCAAGAGAUUGAAGACUACGAAGGAGACAGUGAGAAGCUGACUUACCAGGAAAAGCAGUACUUGGAACAUCGCAACAUCUUCAACACUAUCAGCCCUGUCCGGACGGUGGUGGUCGAUCCGGCAUCAGCAGAGGUCACCAUCAAUAUGAGCGUAGGAGCCGUGUUCAAAAAGCAAAAUACGAACCCGAGGGUGAUGAAACAAAUGGUGUUAGGACUUCUCAAUGGGAAAUACAAGACCAGGUGUAAAAUUUACACAGAUGCAUCAAACUUGGAUGGAACUUGUGGAAUAGGAAUCUUCUUGGAGUUCAGCAACCGUAGGAUUUCGCUGAGAUUGGAGCACCAAACAUCGAUCAUGACGGCCGAACUGUUAGCAAUAAAAGUAGCAGCAGAUGAGGUCAGAGCGCACCAGGCGAGGGAUGCAGUAAUUUUCACGGAUUCGCUGUCGUCCUGUAUGCUGUUGGACCACAGCCAGCGACACUCGGAAAGAAGCGAAAUAGCAGAUGAAAUCAUCCGGACUUGCCAGGAAUGGAACGUCGAUAUCCAAUGGAUUCCAAGUCACAUCGACAUCAAAGGUAACGAUCUGGCUGAUGAGUUGGCCAAACAUGGAGCACAGCAUGGAGAACUCUUCGAACAUCCAGUUUUACUGAAGGACGCAUAUCUACGAUUGAUGAAAAUCAAACAGGAAAAGGUGAACAACUGGUACAAGGAUUACGCCAACGAAAAAGGACGAAAGUUUGCAGAAAUUCAACCCGAAUUUAAAGAGAAGCCUUGGUACUACAACUUGCCUUUGAACAACGUCGAAACAAGAACUCUCAACAGACUGAUCACCGGGCACGACUACAGCAAAUACUGGCUGCAUAAAAUGAAGCUGAAAGACAGUCCGAUCUGCGAUUUCUGCAACGAGAUGGAGACCGCGGAACAUCUUGUACUUCACUGCAAACGAUACUCGCAAAUAAGAAAACAAUAUGACUAUGAUGGUAAAUACCAAAACUCUAAACAGCUAUUCGAAGCGAAGGAUGUGAAUAUCCUUCGAGAUGUUUUCCAAACUGUAAACGAAUACUUUCCGAUCAAAACAAACCGCACCAAGGCAACAGCUGAUAGGCCUGAUGAGCUAAUCGGCUAUCCCGCCUACUGA